UCGCUCUAGCCGUAGAGAAUAGGGAGAGAACUCAGUUGAACGAGUUCACGGCUUUUUAAAUUUGCUUAAAGGCUGAACACUGCGCUUUGCGUAAUAUUUAGCCAUCUGAGCGCAUUUUGAGAGGAACGUCGAUUUCACAGAUAUACCUGGUCUAUACCUUUUUUUUGUAGAUAAGGGAAUAUUCGGCUACACCUGAAGUUUACCGAUGACACCUGUUGCCUCCCCUUGGUCGGUAGGUUAACGCCAGUCGAAGGGGAUCCAGAGGUUGGCCAUUGAUUUAGGAGCAUUUUCCUAACUUUUGAAUGACAUCGUGAGGAUGAAAGUGACCGUGAAUUUCGGAAGAACUGGAGUUGUCGUCCCGUGCAAAGACGGCUGGGUGGUACGAGAUUUGAUUGACCAAGCCACGCAGCGAUAUAAAAAGAUUGUUGAACAGGAUGGGGAGUUCCUGGUGCGGACGCACCAUGUCGAGUAUGCGGACGGAGGGAUCCUGGACCCGGACGACAUGCUCACGGACCUGGUCGAUGACAAAGACAAGCUGAUUGCAGUGUAUGAGGAGAUGGAGCUCCAGCAGGGGGCACCGGCGAGUUCCCAGGGAAGCACGGCUUCCGGCUACUCCAGUCCCGAGCCCUCGGAGCCCGAGCUGGGCAUGCCACACCUCACUAGCGAGAUCGAAGUCACCUCCGUCACCCUCAAGUCAAACACACCUCUGCUGGUCCGGAGCAGCAGUGAGUCUGUCUUGACCCCGCCCCUGGAGACUGGCUUUUGGGAGGCCGACAACCCUGGCAGCAGACCCCUGACGACGGGAACUGGCAAUGCGCCAGUGAAGCCCAUCGUCAUGGACAGACCAAAGGACGGCGUCGCCAUCAGUAGGCCAAUCCCACUAUCCAGCAGUGUUCUCACCAGGGCAGUAGAGAUCUCUGGAGACAUGAGGCCUCUGGGAAUUAAAGUUGUGCCAUACUGUUCUUCACUGAGUGGACGGACCCUGGGCCUUCAGGUGAACGGUAUCGAGGAUAACGGCCGCUCUAAGAAGGAGGGCAUCUUCCAGGAGGACGAGUGCAUCGUCAACAUCAACGGCACUCAGCUGAUAGACAAGUCCUUUGCUGAGUCGCAGGAAGUGUUCCGCCAGGCGAUGUCUACUCCUGCCGUGCGCCUGGAGGUGUUGCCAGUGGCCAAUAAGCUCCAGUACGAGAAGAGCUUGAUCAGCCAGCUGUUCAACAGCUCGGACUCGGCCCACCAAAGUGCACCCAAGCUCAAGAGCCCGUUCCUGCUCGGCAAGGCCGACACCAAGCACGCCGACCCGCCCCCGGCCGUGCAAGCCCUGCUCCCGAAGGAGGAUCCGCCUGCUAGGCACGUCCCCGCGGAAACGGAGCGCCUCGAAGAGACCCCUCCCCCUCUUGUCCACGCAUCGCCCACCCCCAAGCCUCGCAGCGAAAGCCCCGCCCCCCGGAGAAGCCCCGCCCACUCCAUGAUGGCGAGUGCGGCUAACAAGAAAGGCGGCAAGAAUCAGAGGAUAAAUUUAACCAAAGGUGUCGAUGGACUGGGCUUCACUGUGGUGACCAGGGACUCGUCUGUGCACGGGCCCGGACCUAUCCUGGUCAAGAGCAUCCUGCCGCGGGGCGCUGCCAUCCGGGACGGCCGCCUGCAGUCCGGAGACCGCAUCCUGGAGGUGAACGGAGUGGACAUAACUGGCCACACGCAGGAGGAACUGGUUGCUAUGCUACGUAGCACCAAGCUAGGGGAGACCGUGUCAUUGGUCGUAACACGGCAAGAUGAGCUGUUUUUACCUAGAGAGCUAAAAGGAGACUCAGCGGGCCCUUCACCAUCUGAGGACGGCCGGGAGCAUCUGAUGUUCGAGGUGCCGCUGAACGACUCGGGCUCGGCCGGCCUCGGCGUCAGCCUCAAGGGGAACAAAUCGCGGGAGACGGGCGAAGACCUGGGCAUCUUCAUCAAGUCCAUCAUCCACGGCGGGGCUGCCUUCAAGGAUCGGCGGCUGCACAUCAACGACCAGCUGGUGGCCGUCAACGGCGAGUCCCUUCUCGGCCGCUCCAACCACGACGCCAUGGAGACCCUGAGACGCUCCAUGUCCAUGGAGGGGAACUUGCGAGGAACCAUCCAGCUGGUGGUCCUGCGCACCAUGGAGCACAGCCCUUCCCAGGACAGAGAGAGCCCGCCCAUCAAACACGCCAACAGCAGCCAGACCAAUGAGGUCUCGCGUCCCCAAAUGGUGGCCAAUAGCAUCUAUCAGCGUGGCCCAGGUCCCACCUUUCAUUCUAAUGGGAGGCACAGGGUGUAUGAGGAAGAGGAUGAUGGUGAUUUUCCACCUGCAGACACAAUGGAAACGUACGUCAACUCCCAGCAGUAUCAACCUCAGCGCAGGGGGGAUUGGGAGCCGGUCUCUGCACAGAGCGAUCCUACCCAUCAGCACCAUCAGCCUCAGCAGGCCUAUGCACCACUAAAGCCCCCUGCAGCGAUGGUCUCCAGGAGCCUGGACCUGGUGACGGACGUGAGGAACGUGGGUGCUGUGCCCGCACAGAGGCCAGCAUUCUCCAGCUCCAGUGACCCGCCGCUGGGCCCUGCCCUGGGCCUCCACAAGUCCAGCUCGUUGGAGAGCCUGCAGACGGCGGUGGAGGAAGCGGGGCGCAGAGGACCCACCUACCGACGCCCCCCCGGUCGCAUGGUGCGCGGCCGCACCUACAACAUGAGCUUCCGCCAGGCCAUCGACAAGUCUUACGACGGCCCCUCUGAGCCCGAGGACGAUUACUCCGACGACAGCUCCGGCAGGGACACCCCUGCCAGCGGCUCCUCCCGGCAGGAGCUCGAGGACGGUGCCAAGGAGAAGAAGAGGACCAGGAAGAAGAAAGAGAAGAAGACCAAAGCCAAGAAGAAGGAGGACGCCGAGGACCCUGAGAAGAGGACGAAGAAGAAGGGGUUCACCCUCCUGAGAUUUGGGAGAAAGAACAAAGAAGAUAAGGCCAAAUCCAAGGCUAAUCUGGGCGCACUGAGUGAGGAAGAAAUCGACAGGAGCGAAGCCGAAAUAUUCCCAUAUGCAAGGGAAAUGGACAGCUCAAUCCCUGGUCGCGGGUUCUUGCAGAGUGUAGAAGAUGACGACUUCGACCCCAACUAUGCCCGCAUCAAUGCCUUCAGGGAGCCGGCAGCUUCUAGCCCCUCCCUUCACCACACCCUGCCCCUGCCUGCUGCCCACAGCGCACCGGCGCCCAGUGAGGAUGACCUGGAGGGAUUGUAUGCAAAAGUUAACAAGCUAAAGCCUGCACCACAACCAGUAACAGACAGCACUGAAGCACGCCUGCAGCAGAUCCGGAACCAAUUCCAGCACUUGAAGCCUGUGCCGCCAUACGCCGAGUCUGGGAUCACCCCCAGGGUCCACGAAUACGACCCCUCACGGAUAAGAGGUCCAGAAUCCCGUAUGGCCCCAAGAUAUGAAGAUGUUGAUCGACAGUAUGCAUCUGUCCCCAGACGGAUACCCACAGACGCCCAGCUUCCCCAGACCCUGGCCGGCCAGAGAGAGGCGGGCCGUCUCCCGACCCCCAGCCCCUCCUACGGAGUCGCCAUCGGCAGGGAGGCCCCCCCACAAGCUCCAGCCUCUCCCCACCUGCCCGUGUCCAAGGGUCCGAUCAGGCAGGAGGUGCCACCCUCGCCCACUCCGGCCCCGAGGGGGGUGCCAAGCUAUGAAGCCGUGGUCCGGGGUGGACACAGAGACGGACGGUAUCCCGACCCUCGGCAGAAAAACCCGGCAAUCGGCGCCGUAUAGAACAGAUCCCCAGGAGAUGAUCCACCUUGUGGUUUUGCCCAUUUUUCUGAAACGUUGCCAAAGGUUUGUAAGGAGAGAUCUUAUUUGUAGGAGAUUAUGAGCUCGCUAGAUCCUGGAAAGAACAAAGUGUUUGUGAUUUGUGUUAUUCAACAUUUUCCCUUGUUUAAGAUAAGAUGGCGGAAUCGUGUUGUGUUGUAUGCUGGGACGAUGACUCAGCCAAUACUAAUCUCCAUUCAUCACAGUGUGCUCCACAGUCGCUAACAUCAGUUUACACUUUUGGGUUGUUUUGUAUAUGCGUAUAUAACUCAUAUUCCCGUCGCCAUGACUCUACUGUAGAUAACAUGCACCCAUAGUUUUGGUCAUUAUCAGUUCGAUUUCCUCCUUGGCUAACGCCUGAGGAUUGCCAGUCUGCGUUAUCUGAUGACAAACGGCCUCUGUCUCCUCAUGGCUGUGUGCUGAAAGAGGACUCGCGCCGCGUUUUUGCCCUAUCACACCUCCCCAAUAAACCGUUCUCGAGGAGAACUGCACUGUGAUUCGACGAUUGGCUGGGAAAUUGACCAGAGUGUGUGUCAGAUAAGCGCGGUGAUUGGCUUUGUCCCGCUCGAACCCUCGAGGCGGGUGGGUUUUCGCUCUAGAGCCCAGCGACAUGCACCAGGAGCGUGUGUUUGUGCGUCCACUCUACCCGCAGUGCUCCAGCGCGUAGAUGUGACGGUGUCAGUGAAGCUUAUUUUUGUUCCUACCUAUCCUCGUGUAGCUAUUAUUUUUUAAAUUUGUUUUGAAAUCACGCUGAAAAAACAUUGCUGUACAUCCAGCCCGUACACACCUCUGCCCGUCGAUUUCCAUUCCAUAUGUGCUGUCUGCUUUGCCAGAGACAACAAGCUACCAUUCUGUGCUGUGAUGGAGUCUCUCUCCUGUCUAAUACUAACGUCUCACUCUGGCACUAUAGACUGUACGUGAAAAGGGAGCCGUUUUUGGUUUUAAGGUGUGAAUUUUCUGCAAAAUUGAAGGUACUGCAACUGCUUUACUUUCAUUGUAUUUAUUUAGCUUUAUUUUUUAACACGACAGAACAAAUGAUAUGAAGAAGUGCGUAUUUUGCUUACCCGAGAUGAAUGAAAGCCUACCUUACCAAUAAAUGUUUCUCUGUUCAGUCUUUUGAAAAAUUGUGAGAAUCAUGUGAGUAUCUUUCACCAGCAUGGUGCUUUAUGUCAUAUCUAUUAUCUUAUGGUUUUAGCAUAUUUUGCAAUAAAAACAAAGUUUUGCAU